AUGCAUUUUACAUCUUCAAUUCUAUCUACUCUUGCUGUUGCAUCGGUCGUCAACAGCUACGCCGUUGACCCAGACCUUAGAGACGGGUUGUAUUACAUCCCGCUCACACCCGGCUCGACCCACGAGGUAGCAUCGUACGGAGAACCUCACCGCCUCGACGUUUAUGAGUCUCUCAAUAGUCGUGGGCCUCUCAAUGGCCUGUCCGAGCGUCAUGUAAUCGGCAAGGUCCCGUUUCCCACCGAUACGCACAUCUGCUACAAUUCAGUCGAGCUCCAGCCAGAAUACGAGGGAGCAACGAAGAUUCUCAACGAUUGGUGCGAUAGUGGGAAAACAAUCCCCAGGCACAUUAGAUGGAAUGCCGGCCUAAUAUUAAGCCGAUAUGGUAGUUCCAUGGCAUGGGUCUGCUCCCUGGGUGGUAGACAGGGUUGUGCGCCCAACGAGAUUGAAAAUACCUGGUCCCAGAUAUCGGACAAGUGCAAUGGAACACUGUCAGGAGGAGAGGUUUGUGCGAGUGGGUGGAAAAAGUGCUACGGCCACAGCACCGUUAAAGGAGAGAUCUGUGGAAACACGACCUGAGCAUUGAAGCUGUUGGUCCGCUAGGUUUUUGUAUCUAAUUAUACGCUGAGCCAGCGUUUGCAGGGGAUGUCUGCAUGAGCUUCCUUUGCUGUGCGGACGAGGAUCCAUAGAAGAAGG